AUGCAAAUUUUCCGAGCACGCCAGCCCGAGACCAUUUUCCAAGUGCAAGAAACAGGGCAUAACAGCCUUGCGUCUUACCGUGCACAUGACCCCGCUUUGCCUGCAUGCUCUCCGAUUCCCCAGGUCAUAAAUACAUAUGGCAUCAGAGUCUUGAGCGACCCACCUAAUGCUACAUGUGAUAUAUGUUUCAUUCAUGGCCUGACGGGCGAUCGAGACAAGACCUGGACCGCCGAUGGCCAAUCUACGCCUUGGCCCGGAGCACUGCUUCCAGGGAAACUCCAACAAGCUCGCAUUCUGACAUACGGCUACGAUGCGUAUGUAGUCUCAAAAUCAACUGCCUCGAUGAAUCGAUUGCGCAACCAUGCCACAAAUCUCCUAGUCGAUUUAGCAUCGGACCGGGAAUCCUGCAAUGCGGCCGGCCGCCCGCUUAUUUUUGUUGCGCAUAGCCUUGGCGGGCUGGUCUGCAAGAUGGCUAUUCUUGUGUCACGAAACCACCCUGAAACACACCUUCAAGAUGUGUUCAAUUCCCUCAAGGGCGUGGUAUUCAUGGGAACCCCUCACAUGGGAGCUUGGAUGGCGAAUUGGGCCAAGAUUCCUGCCACGACUUUUGGGUUCGUGAAGUCUGUCAACGUCAAUUUGAUAGAUAUACUACAGAGCGAUAAUGAGCUCUUGGAGUCAUUGCAGGGUGACUUUUUGGCUAUGGUACGCCAAGUACGGGAAAAUGGUCGGCGCCUUGAAGUCACCUGCUUCUUUGAAGAGCUUCCCACCUUUGGGGUUGGGCCGAUCGUAUCAAAGGAGUCUGCCUCUUUCGACGGCUAUGCGCCUCGUAGCAUUCACGCCGAUCAUCGGAACAUGGUCAAAUUUGCAACGGUGGAAGAUAAUGGUUUCAAGAGGGUAAACCAACACAAACUAAAUGCCGAAGACGCAGCCUGUCUACAGGAUCUAUACACGACAGAUCCUCGUAAUGAUAAGACACGUAUCGAAAAGGUCAAGGGCGGACUACUUGAGGAGUCAUAUCACUGGAUAUUCGAGAACGACGACUUCAAACAAUGGCGCUAUAACCGGCAAAGUCAGCUGCUCUGGAUCAGAGGGGAUCCUGGAAAGGGCAAAACAAUGCUUUUGUGUGGAAUCAUCAACGAACUAAAGUCGUCAUCUGAAGCUUCUGUGGUCUUUUUCUUCUGUCAGGCUACAGACGCGCGAAUAAACCACGCUACUGCAGUCCUUCGCGGUCUGAUAUAUAUGCUGGUUGACAACCAGCCCAACCUCAUCUCCCAUGUACGACAACAGCACGAAAAGGCCGGGAAAAAGGGGUUUGAGGAUGUCAAUGCAUGGGAAACCUUGUCAAAAAUCUUCAGUGAUAUCCUCGUGGAUCCGCUCUUACAAAGUACAUAUGUAAUCAUUGAUGCCCUCGAUGAAUGUACAAAAGAUCGGGAUCUGCUUCUUGAUCUUGUUGUCCGGAAAUCAUCAUUAUGCCCACAUGUCAAAUGGAUUGUCUCAAGUCGUAACUGGCCAGAUAUCGAGGAGGCUCUUGAGCCUGCAACCCAAAAAGCAACGCUUUGGCUGGAGUUGAACGAAAGGUCCGUGGCCGAGGCCGUGACCACCUUCAUCCGACACAAAGUCCAGGAAUUGUCGAAACAAAAGAAGUAUAAAGCUGAAUUACGCGAUGCUAUUUCUCAACACUUGUUUUCAAACGCACAUGGUACCUUCCUCUGGGUAGCCCUGGUCUGCGAGGAGCUGGCGAAGGCAGCACGGUGGAACGGGAACGCUCGUUCGCUAUUGACUGCAUUUCCGCCGGGCCUCGAAUCCCUCUAUGCUCGGAUGAUUCAGCGAAUUCAAGGUUACGACCCAGCAGAUGCACAACUUUGCAAGCGAAUUCUAGGUGUCAUCCUACUUGUAUACCGACCUAUCACGCUAGACGAGUUGCCGACUUUGGUGGAUAUGCCCGAAGAUAUCACUACUGACCAACAGUCUUCGAUCGAAAUUGUGGAGGCAUGUGGUUCAUUUCUUACAAUCCGAGAAGGUGGUAUCUUCUUUGUGCAUCAGUCCGCAAAGGACUUUCUCCUUCAAUCGGCAACAAAAGAGGUAUUUGCGCGAGGAAUUGCAGCCGAGCAUUAUACAAUUUUCUUUCGCUCUCUGCGGUCAUUCGGGACGCUUCGACGUGAUAUAUAUGGCCUGAGAUCGCCCGGGUUUCCCAUUGACAAAGUCAACCAACCUGAUCCAGAUCCAUUGGCAGCUGUACGGUACUCAUGUCUCUACUGGGUUGAUCACCUCCAUGAUGGCAAUGUGGUUGAUCAUCCUCGGGAGAGUGAUCUAGUUGAGGAGUUCCUAAAACACAGAUAUCUCUUCUGGCUCGAAGCUAUGAGUCUCAUGGGACAUAUUCCAGAAGGGAUAGCCGCGAUAAUCAAGAUGGACAGGCGUUUUCAGAGACUGAACAACGCAAAAGAGCUCGCAGAACGAGUUCGAGAUGCGAGCCGAUUCAUCCAGUACCACAGGCUGGCAAUCGAAUGUAGCCCCCUACAAGUCUACAUCUCAUCACUUAUCUUCAGCCCAAACCGGAGUAUGAUAAAAGCUUGUUAUCAAUCCUUGACACCAAACUGGGCUGUCCAGAAGCCAGUGAUGGAAGAUAAUUGGAGUCCAUGCCUUCAGAUCCUUGAAGGGCAUUUUGACUCUGUCGAAUCAAUUGCGUGGUCCAAGGAUGGAAGAUUGAUCGCAUCAGGAUCAGGAGAUGGAGCUAUUAUGAUCUGGGACCCAGUAACCGGUCGGCGUAUAUCGACCCUUGCAAGGGAUCGCGGUUGUGUCAGAUCAAUGAAGUGGUCUGAAGAUGGACGUUGGCUCGCAUCAUUGUCAAGAAAUUUGACGAUUAGGGUCUGGGACCCAGUCAUCGGGCGGUGUGUAUCGACCUCGCACAUCGAAAAAUGCAACGGGUUCAUAAUAUCGAUAACGUGGUCCAAAGAUGGAAGCUUGCUCGUAUCAAGAUCAAUUGAUCGAACCAUCCAGAUCUGGGAGCCGUUCACCGGGCGGCGUAUAUCGACUAUUGAAGGGCAUAGCAAGUCGAUCAGAUCGAUUGAGUGGUCCGAAGAUAGAAGCUUCCUCGCGUCAGGGUCAGUUGAUGGGACCGUCAGGAUCUGGGACCCGUUGACCGGGCGAUGUAUAUCGACCCUCGAAGGGCAUGUUGAUGAUGUCUCGAAUAUUGCAUGGUCCGAAGAUGGAAGCCGGCUCGCAUCUGGGUCAGUUGAUGGAACCGUCAGGAUCUGGGACCCAUUGACCGGGCGAUGUAUAUCGACCCUCGAAGGGCAUGUCGAUGGUGUCUCGGAUAUUGCAUGGUCCGAAGAUGGAAGCUGGCUCGCAUCUGGGUCAAGGGAUGGAACCGUCAGGAUCUGGGAGCCAUUGACCGGGCGGUGCAUAGCGACACUUAAGGUCCAUAGGACCACAGUCAUGUCGAUAGCCUGGUCUCGUGAUGGGAAUUGGCUCGCAUUGGUGGAUGAGAGAGUCAUAAUACUCUGGAACCGAAACACCGGCUCUACGUCAACUCUAGAGGGACAUACCGGUUCAGUCCUAUCGAUCCAGUGGUCCCGGGAUGGCAGUCAGCUCAUAUCAGGGUCCGCCGAUAGAAAAGUUAGGAUCUGGGAUCCGACCAUAAAGCAGGGUAUAUCGACUCUGAAUCGGCAUAACGCCAGAGUCAGAUGUGUGGUCUGGUCUCGGGAUGGAAGCCGGCUCGCAUCAGGAUCAUUCGAUAAAAGAGUGAUGAUCUGGAACCCAGCCACCGGGCAGUGUAUAUCGAUCCUUGAAGGGCAUGGCAGCCCGGUCGCAACAAUUUCCUGGUCCAGGGACGGAAGUCAGCUCGCGACAGGGUCACAUGAUAGGACAGUUAAGAUUUGGGAUGUGGCCACAGAAACGUGUGUGGCAACUCUUCGUAUCGACUCUACUCUUAGGCUUCAAUUUGAUGAGGCGAGUGUGCAUCUUCUGCAUACGGAUGAAGGUGUUGUCGAUUUGAGGUCAUUUUACCUUGUCCCGACUUCAUUAUCACAUUCACCUCCUCGGCAAGACCAAGGAGCCUAUAGCUGCACUAAUGAUAGCACCUGGAUAACCUUUAGAGGAGAACACAUUCUGUGGAUACCAUCGGAGUAUCGACCGUGCCACUGGUCGUUCUUCCCUACAUGUGCAACAACAACAGUAGCAAUUGGCUGUUCCACGGGUAAUGUGUUGUUCUUGACCCUGUCAAACGAUCCAUGGAUAAUCAGUUCUCAUAAGUCAUCUAUAGCGUCACAACGGCCAUUGAAGCGCCGUUUGACGUAG